AUGGCGCAGCAGGCGCCGCAGCCUCCGCUGCCACCGGCAGAUGCGGCAGAGGACGAGGCGGCGAUGGAUGCGCCGGCGCUGCGGGCGCUGGUGCUGCGCCUGCGUGAGGCGCUCAGCGUGCGGGAGCGCCAGAUUGAGCGCAAGGCCGAGGAGGUGGCACAGAUGGCGGAGGUCGCGGAUGCGCUGCAGAGGCGCAACGCUGAGUUGGCGCAUGCCAGCAAGGAGGGGGAGGCGGUGGCGGAGAUACAGAGCGAGUUUGAGUCCAAGCUCAAGGCGGCUGAGCGCAAGGUGUAUGCCCUGACCAAGGAGCGGGACGCGCUCAAACGCGGCUCUGAGAAGCUGUCUGGCAUGGAUGACCUGGUACGGGAGAAGGAUGCCAUCAUCAAGCAGGUGAUGGAGGAGGGCGAGGCGCUGAGCCGCAAGCAGCUGGCCCAGGAGCAGACGAUCAAGAAGCUGCGGGGGCAGGCCAAGGAGCUGCAGGGGCAGGCCAGGGAGCUGCAGGCGGCGCUGGAUGCGGAGCGCGCCAAGGCGGCGUCGGCGGUCAGCGAGCGGGCCAGCACCGCGGGGGAGCUGUACUCCAUCAGGGAGCAGCACGCGGCGGAGCUGCAGGCGGAGCGGCAGCACUAUGAGCGGCUGCUGGAGGAGUCGCGUGAGGCGCAGGCGGCGGCAGAGGCUCGCGCGGCGGAGGCUGCCAAGGCGGGUGCUGCGCGGCGGCUGAAGGAGGCGGAGGCGCGGGUGGAGUCUCUGGAGGGGACGGUGGGGGAGCUACGGGCGGAGCUGGAGCGGCAGCGCGCGACUGCCGACGAGCGGGAGGAGCUGCUGGCUGGGGAGGUGGCCGACCUGCAGCGGCGGUGCGCCGAGGCAGAGGCGCGGCAGCAGGAGGCGGCGGCGCGCGUCCCGGAGGCCACCCAGCCGCUGAUGCGCCAGCUGGAGGCCAUGCAGGCGGCGGCCAGCCAGCAGGCGGCGGCGUGGGCGGAGGCGGAGCGCGGCCUGCAGGAGCGGCUGCGCGGCGCCGAGGCGGCGGCCGCCGCCGCUACCGCCCAGGCGGCGCAGCUGGGGCGGGAGCUGGCAGAGGCCAGGCAGCACCUGGCAGCGGCCACCGACCAGCUGUCCUCGGCGCGCCGCUCCCUGGCCGAGGCGCAGCAGAGCGCGGAGAUUGAGCGGCAGCGGCGUGGGGCGGCGGAGACGACCGCGGGGCACCUGCGCUCCGACCUGGCCUCCGCCCAGGACUCGCUCAACACAUUGGAGAAGGUGUACGCGCAGCAGAUCGAGUCGCUGCAGGCGCGGGAGUUGUCUGCGCUCAGCGCCGUGCGGGCUUUGGAGGGCAAGAUGAAGGCGGCCAACGGCAGCGCCGACGCGCCGCCCGCGCUGGCGGCCCCCGGCUUCAAGUGGCUGCUGGUCAAGGAAGGGCAGGAGGCUGCUGCCGCCGCUUCUGCCGCCCCCAUCCGCCAGGCCAGCUCCGUGGCCGCAGCCUCCAGCUCCGAGGAGCUGGCAGCAGAUGCGGCUGCAGCUGCGGCCGAGGAUGAGAGCUUGAAGGUGGGCGGCAGCCUGCUGUGGGGUUCCGCGGCUGCCAGCCGCUCCAGCCUGGCGGCAGACGGCGGCGGCACGCGGCCACGCGACCAGCAAGUGGCGGCGCUGCAGCAGCAGGUGCGCCAGCUGGAGGCCACGCGGGACCAGCUGUCGGAGGAGCUGGUGCGCGCGGCCACCGAGGCGGCGGCGGGACAGGCGGCGCGGGCGGGCGCGGCGGCCGCCGAGCGCCGCCUGGCCGACCUUCAGGAGCGGCUGGCGGCGGCGGUGGAGCUGCUGGGGGAGAAGGAGGAGCUUCUGGAGGAGGCUCAGGCGGACAUGGAGGAGAUGCGGGCCAACUACCGCCAGCAGAUUGAGUUCAUGGCGCAGCAGCUGACGUCGGCGCAGGAGCGGGCCGAGCCGCCGCCGGCGGCCUCGCCGGCUGCGCAGUAG